UACUAGUCGUUCAACGGCAAGCAAAAGGAAAAUGAUGGUAGGAAAAUUGUUCAAGUAAAAAAAGAAUAACAUAUUGAGGUUUCCCGAAAAAAACAUGGUAAAAAAAGAAGCAGCAACGAUGCCGGACACCCCAAAGUUCGACCCUCCGAUAAAACCGCGCUACUUACCAGGCGAGGUCCACGCGAAGGCUCGUCAGAUGGACUUCAACAGCUACAGGGGCCACCGCUUGCGCUGCGCCAACGCGAAGCCUAAGGUCGACGACAAACCACCGAAGCUCGACGUCGACGUUUACCACAGGCAAGAGCUGAUGAACGAGGACUUGAGGACGGCCAGGGUGCUCUGCAAGGCGAAUCUGCAAGUAGUCAAGAAGAUCAACGCGGUGUCUCGCUUGGGGGGAAAAGUCGAUUGUUGGAACGUGAAGGACAGGGGCUACAGGACGGAUCAGGACCUGCUGAAGCUGGAGUACGAGAAAAUCGAACGCGAGAACCGGGCCCUCUGCCGCGCCUUGAAUUCGCUGACCAGCCAGUUGGCCCCGCAAGUCAUGGCCAAGGAGUGGAAGGAGCUGAAGGAAAGCAUCAAGGAAAAAUCGAGGUUUCCCUGGUUCAAGGAAGUCUCGAGGUACCCGUCGAUAUCGAGGUACGAGGUCGCGCCCAGCGCCAAGGAGGACGCGAGGCGUCCGAGGUGCUUCUUCGACCUCGAGCUCGCCUCGAGCAGUUUGCCCCUCGGCAGGAUCGUCUUCGAGCUCUACGCCGAUUUCGCGCCCUCGAUAUGCGCUAACUUCGAGUCCUUCUGCAGAGGCUUCAACGGCCUUUCGUACAAGGGGACUCCGUUUCACCGCAUAUUGUCCGGUUACUACUGCCAAGGGGGUGACGUGACAAAGUUCAACGGAAUCGGCGGAGCCUCGAUUUACGAGGACGAGGAAGCUUAUCCUUCGUUGGCCGAUGAGAAUCUUGCUCUUCGUCACGCGUGUCCGGGCGUUCUGUCGACUUUCGCCGGUGACAGGAGCACCGCACUGUUUGACUCCAAAUUUAAUUUGACCUUUCGGCCCCUCAAAACGAUGGACGGGAAGAACGUCGUUUUCGGGAAAAUCGUCAAGGGACUGCCGAAUCUGUUGAAAGUGAAGGCGUACGGUACAAAGUACGGAAAACCCCUGCAGAGGGUGAUCGUCGCCAACUGCGGUGUGUUGCCGUUGAAGAGCUGCAACGAGAGCGCAUAA